UCACUAACAAAAAACAUUUUCCUUUCUUUGUCAAAAGCUGUGCAGAGUGAGGAGCGGCUGUGUGCAUUUAAGGAUCCAUAUCAGCAGGACCAUGGGAUCAGUGAAAGCCGAAUCUCGCAGGAGAAUGGCACAAUUUUGUGCGUGAAAGGUAGUACCUGCUAUGGACUUUGGGAAAAAACACGAGAAGGAGACAUACAUCUUGUAAAACAAGGUUGCUGGUCUCAUAUAGGAGACCCACAAGAGUGUCACUUUGAGGAGUGUAUAGUUACAACCACCCCCUCCUUGAUUCAGAAUGGAACAUACCGCUUCUGCUGCUGUAGUACAGACUUGUGUAAUGUCAACUUCACAGAAAAUUUUCCACCUCCUGAUCCUACUGAUACAACACCUUACAAUUCUUCUCAUUCUUUUCAUCGUGAUGAGACUAUAGUUAUUGCCCUUGCAUCUGUGUCUGUACUGGCUGUUUUGAUUGCUGCUCUGUUCUUUGGAUACAGGAUGCUUGCAGGAGACCGUAAACAAGGUUUGCACAGUAUGAACAUGAUGGAGGCAGCAGCAUCAGAGCCCUCAUUGGAUCUGGAUAAUCUAAAGUUGUUGGAGUUGAUUGGCCGGGGACGAUAUGGAGCAGUGUAUAAAGGCUCCCUAGAUGAACGUCCAGUUGCUGUGAAAGUAUUUUCUUUUGCUAAUCGACAGAACUUUGUCAAUGAGAGGAACAUUUACAGGAUUCCACUGAUGGAACAUGACAACAUCGCCCGCUUCAUUGUGGGAGAUGAGAGAUUCACUGCAGACGGCCGUAUGGAAUAUUUAUUGGUGAUGGAGUAUUACCCCAAUGGUUCUUUGUGCAAAUAUCUGAGCCUCCACACGAGUGACUGGGUGAGCUCCUGUCGUUUAGCACACACUAUAACUAGGGGCUUGGCGUACCUGCACACGGAGCUACCUCGAGGAGACCAUUACAAACCUGCAAUAUCCCAUCGUGACUUGAACAGCCGCAAUGUACUGGUAAGGAAUGAUGGAACAUGUGUAAUUAGUGAUUUUGGACUCUCCAUGAAGUUAACUGGAAACAGACUGGUACGCCCAGGUGAGGAAGAUAAUGCAGCCAUUAGUGAGGUCGGUACAAUCCGCUAUAUGGCCCCAGAAGUGCUUGAAGGAGCAGUGAACUUGAGGGACUGUGAAUCUGCUUUGAAACAAGUAGAUAUGUAUGCGCUAGGCCUUAUCUACUGGGAGAUAUUUAUGAGAUGUACAGACCUCUUCACAGGGGAGUCUGUGCCAGAGUACCAGAUGGCUUUCCAGACAGAAGUUGGAAACCAUCCCACUUUUGAAGAUAUGCAAGUCUUGGUGUCUAGAGAGAAGCAAAGACCAAAAUUCCCAGAAGCAUGGAAGGAGAACAGCCUGGCUGUGAGGUCACUUAAAGAAACAAUUGAAGACUGUUGGGAUCAAGACGCUGAAGCUCGACUAACAGCGCAGUGUGCUGAGGAGAGGAUGGCAGAACUCAUGAUGAUUUGGGAAAGAAAUAAAUCCGUUAGUCCAACGGUCAACCCUAUGUCAACUGCCAUGCAAAAUGAGCGGAAUCUGUCGCAUCAUAGGCGUGUAUCAAAGAUAAGGCCAUAUCCCGAUUACUCUUCCUCUUCCUACAUUGAAGAUUCAAUCCACCAUGCUGACAGCAUAGUGAAGAACAUUUCUUCUGAACAUUCAAUGUCCGCUACACCAUUGACUUCAGGCGAAAAGAAUAGAAACUCCAUUAACUAUGAGCGGCAACAAGCACAAGCUCGCAUCCCUAGUCCUGAGACAAGUGUCACCAGUUUGUCCACAAGUACUACCACCACAAAUACAACUGGCCUCACUCCUAGCACUGGCAUGACCACUAUAUCCGAAAUGCCUUAUUCAGAUGAAACAAACUUACAUACUACAAAUGUAAUGCAACCAGGUGGGCCCACCCCUGUUUGUCUGCAGCUAACAGAGGAGGACUUAGAGACAAAUAAAUUGGAUCCAAAAGAAGUGGAUAAAAACCUGAAAGAAAGCUCUGAUGAGAAUCUGAUGGAACAUUCACUUAAGCAGUUUAGUGGGCCAGAUCCACUCAGCAGCACUAGUUCCAGCUUGCUUUAUCCGCUGAUAAAACUUGCAGUAGAAGUGACAGGACAACAGGACUUCACACAAGCUGGCAAUGGUCAAGCAUGUUUGAUUCCGGAUGUCCCAUCUGCUCAGGUCUAUCCUCUACCCAAGCAACAGAACCUUCCGAAAAGGCCUACUAGCCUCCCCCUAAACACCAAAAAUUCAACAAAGGAGCCACGGUUAAAAUUUGGUGGCAAGCACAAAUCAAACUUGAAGCAAGUGGAAACAGGCGUUGCCAAGAUGAACACUAUCAAUGCUGCAGAACCUCAUGUCGUGACAGUUACCAUGAACGGGGUGGCUGGGAGAAGCCACAGCAUAAACUCUCAUGCUGGCACAACUCAGUACGCCAAUGGCACAGUGCCGUCUGGCCAGACAACCAGUUCAGUAGCGCAGAGGGCCCAGGAACUGCUUCAGAACCAGUUCAGUGGAGAGGAUAGUCGACUGAAUAUUAAUUCAAGCCCUGACGAGCAUGAACCCUUGUUGAGGCGGGAGCAGCAGGUUGGCCAUGAUGAAGGUGUUCUGGACCGCCUAGUAGAGAGGAGAGAGCGGCCACUGGAUAAUGGCCGAACAAAUGCCAAUAACAACAACAGUAAUCCGUGUCCAGUGCAAGACACAGCUACAGUCAGUACCCAGAAUGUAGUGAGAAAUCCUGGGCAGACACAGACUAGAAGAGCACAGAGGCCUAAUUCCCUGGAUCUAUCAGCCACGAAUAGUAUGGAUAGCAGUAGUAUGCAGUUAGGUGACUCCUCACAAGAUGGCAAAUCAGGCUCAGGAGAAAAGAUCAAGAAACGUGUGAAAACUCCGUACUCACUUAAACGGUGGCGUCCCUCAACGUGGGUCAUCUCCACUGAGCCGCUGCACUGCGAGGUCAACAAUAACGGCAGUGACCGCACAGUUCACUCCAAAUCCAGCACUGCUGUUUACCUUGCGGAAGGAGGCACUGCCACCACAAUGGUGUCUAAGGAUGCAGGAGUGAACUGCCUGUGA